AACUUAAUUAGAAACGGCAGCAUUUACGCAGUCAAGAAUUUAAAAUUAUUUUCUUACACUUAUGCUUUCAAUGUCUGCAGCAACAGGAAGACUGUAAACAACAUGUCUUAUAGUGCGAAGAUCGGUCCGUCCAUCCUGAGCAGCGACCUGUCCUGUCUGGGUAGCGAGUGUGUGCGGAUGAUGGAGUGCGGGGCAGAUUACCUGCACCUCGACGUGAUGGACGGACAUUUUGUUCCCAAUAUCACAUUUGGCCAUCCCAUGGUAGAGUGCCUGAGGAAGACAGUAGGCCAAGACCCUUUUUUUGACAUGCACAUGAUGGUGUCGCGGCCGGAGCAAUGGGUGAAGCCCAUGGCAGCAGCAGGAGCCAGCCAGUACACAUUCCACCUCGAAACCACCACCAACCCUGGAAACCUCAUCAAAGAGAUCAGAGAGAGUGGCAUGAAGGUGGGUUUGGCUAUAAAACCUGGAACAACGGUUGAAGAGCUGGCACCUUGGGCUAACCAUAUCGACAUGGCUCUGGUCAUGACUGUGGAACCUGGUUUUGGAGGUCAGAAGUUCAUGGAGGACAUGAUGCCUAAGGUGACCUGGCUGCGGAAUCAGUUCCCUUCAUUAGACAUUGAAGUAGACGGAGGGGUUGGACCUGAUUCCAUUCACAAAUGUGCCGAGGCAGGAGCCAACAUGAUAGUGUCAGGCAGCGCCGUGAUAGGCAGCGAUGACCCUCGCUCCGUCAUCGCUCUUCUACGCACCGUGGUGGCUGAAGCGAUACAGAAACGCUCCCUGGACCGCUGAGGUAUCCUCUGUGUGGAGAUCCCCGUGGCCCUCGCACUCUACCUUCCUGUCUAAUCAAAUCACUGCAUUAGCCAGUGGAACAGACUCAACACAGACAUUUUCUGGGCGCCUCUACAAAACAGUUUGAACUAAAGUUUUUAAGUGUGCUUAACUAAGUUAAGACAGGAUGAGUCUCUUCAUUUCCAGACCGGAGCAGAUGUCACUCACACCUGUAAACAUUCCUCAUUGUUUUGACUCGUAAUGUAUGUUGUAUCAUGUAUAAAUUACAGUAAUGACAUUGGCUUAGGAAAGCUGGGCUUCAUGCAGGUAAUCUAGUUUUACAGGCAAUCCUUUGACUGUCAUCUGAAGUUUCAUAUGUUAUGAAACUAGUUUAGCUCUUGUUUAGUUUUGUUGAAAAAUAAUUCACAAAUGUCUUGCUGUACGUCAGAGCAGAAAUAAAAAUGUACGACCAAAAUCCGCCAGGUUUGGUUUUGCAGAUUAAAAA